UAUGGCUCGUCUGUCUGUGUAUAGCGCCGGUCUGAGAGCGGCGCGCGCGCAUUCUCUCACUAUCAACAUCAAGAGACGCUAGUUCAAUCCCGUGUAAAAUGUAUGCUGUGAUUUUUCAACUAAGUCAUCAAUGAAAUUAGUCGCAGAUCACUGAAACUUUUUUAUAUUUUUGAUUGUGUGUGAGACUUUGGGAAUGCAAGACUGAAAGACUUGGAAAAAAACUGUGAUAAUGGUGAAAUAAAUAUUUGUUUUGUACAAAUUUAGGUACCUACUAAAUAAGCAAAUCAAGUAAAGCCUUGAUUAUCAAGAGUGGUUAUAGUGCAAAUAGUGUUUUUCAAGAAUGAAGAAGUCGUAUAAUGUGACCACAGUGAAGACGAUAUCGGGUAAAGUGGACGAGAGUGAGAGUGCCGGCCACGACCUGAACAACGUGAGCUAUGACGAUGCAGUCGAGUAUACAGGCAACGGCCCCUACAGCUAUCUCCUCCUGGCAGCCUGCAGCAUGAUCAGCCACGCCGUGUCGCUGGACCUGUUCGGCUUCGGCGUCAUCGUGGCCGCGUCCGCCUGCGACCUGCGCCUCACCAUGGCGCAGAAGGGACUGCUGUCGUCGAUACCUUUUGCUGGUAUAAUAUUCGCCUUCCCAUGGGGCUACUACGCGGACACGGCGGGGCGGCGGCGCGCGCUGGUGCUGUCCACGGCAGUGGGCUUCCUGUUCGCGGCGCUCAGCAGCCUGGCCAACCAGUGGUACACCAUGGUGGCCUGCAAGUUCAUCGGCUGCAGUUUCUCGACAGCUUCGUUCAGCAUCACGAUGACGAUGCUGGGCGAGUGCACGGGGCGGCGCCAGCGCGGCCGCUACCUGCAGAUCAUGAACAGCAUCAACCUGGCUUCGGAGGCUGUGUCCUUCUUACUGGCCCUCUACAUCCUACCCCUACACAUAACCUUCACUAUCCCUGGUCUGGGCAUCACGUACCACUCCUGGCGUCUCCUGACGCUGGUGAUGGCGCUGCCCAUGGGUGCCGGAGCCCUGCUGAUGCUGUACCUGCACGAGAGCCCCAAGUUCCUGGCCAGUGUGGGCGACGAGGUGGAGGCCAUGAGGGUGCUGCGGAGCAUGUAUGAGCGGAAUGGAGGGGUUAAGGGAGAAUAUCCGGUGAAGAGUAUACUAAUAACCUCACCCAGCUCGAAGGACUCCAAGGAGUCGUUCUGCAGCUCGAUGGCAGACCAGACGCUGCCUCUCUUCAAACCACCGCUGCUGAUACGAACGGCACAGCUGUUCUACCUACUCCUUAUCAUCUGUAGUACAAACAACGUGUUCGUGAUGUGGUUCCCGUCCAUCGUGAACUCUUUCUUCCUGUCCCUGAACAACAGCACGCAGUCCGGGCUGGACAUGAGCUUCUGCCACCGCGUCAUGGAAAACCCGGCGCAUGCACACUUUGAGGAGACAACAAUAUGCACGGACACGAUCUCCCACCACACCAUCUACUGCGGCAUCGCGUACGGCGUGUUCUUCCUGCUGCUGAACCUCGCCAUCAGCACCGUCUCCAAGCACCGCCGGGUCGUCAUGGUCAGCACGCUUGUGGUCUCUGCUGUCAGCUGCGUGCUGGUGGACCUGGUCCGGGAGCCGGUCUCCAACAUGAUCUUCUUCGUGCUGCUGCAGAGCACCUCCAUCCUGCUCGGCAUCGCUGGCUCCUACUUCGUUGAUAUGUUUCCUACUAAGCACAGGGCGCUAGCAACAAGCCUGGGCAUGAUGAUCGGGCGCGUGGGUUCGUUCGCCGGGGUGAACCUGGUGGGCGCCACCAUCGCGCGCUACUGCAACACCAUCUUCUACAGCUGGUCCGUCUUCGUCGCCAGUGGAAUUUUAGUGACGCUGUACCUGCCAUCGGAUAACAAAGUUAACUCAUUAGGUUUAAAUAAAAGUUAGUUAAGUA